AUGGCACACCUCGCGCCCGCCUCCCACGCCCGCCCCACCUCGUCCAGCUCGGCCACCUUCAACCUGGCCCCCUCGUCCGAGUCGUCGUCGGACGCCGGCGCCGGCGACGACGAUGCCCCUCUGCCGUUUCCCACCGCGCUGCCCCGGUCCGACUUCCUCGCCCCCGACUUCCAGCCCGCCGCCUACCUGUCCGCGCUGCCGCACCGCCACCAGACCCUCGAGGACCUGCGCUCCGACCUGCGCGACCGCAGCGCCGCCAUCAGCGCCGAGCUCCUCGAGCUCGUCAACUCCAACUACACGGCCUUCCUGUCGCUCGGCUCCGAAUUGCGCGGCGGCGACGAAAAGGUCGAGGGCAUCAAGGUCGCGCUGCUGGGCUUCCGGCGCGCCGUCGAGGAUGUCAAGGCAAAGGUCGCGUCGCGGCGGGACGAGACGGAGCGGCUCAGCGGCGAGCUCGGCGACGUACGCUCGGACAUUGAGCAGGGCCGCAAGAUGCUCGAGGUGUCGGACAGGCUAUCGGCGCUGGAGGAGCGGCUUGCGGUAGAUAGCCUGCCGGCGAACGGGGACGCGGAGUGGGACUCGGACGACACAGACGAAAACGACGAGGACGAGGAUGAACACAUACAGGGCCUCGUCGGGAGCUCCCCAGCGAGGUUACUACAGUCCGCGCGCGAAUGCCGGCAAAUAACGCUCUUGCAGCAGAGCCUCGACCCGCAACACCCUUUCUUCAUCAAGCUGGAAGAGCGCCUGACCAGAUGUCGCAACACGCUACUUCUGGACCUGGGCAACGCGCUCAAGGAGGCGAGAGGGGCUGGCGCACGAGGCCAGGGCCGGGUGAUGAGAUAUCUGGAGAUAUACCGGAUGCUGGAUGCACAAAACGAGGCCGUCAAGGCACUGCGCAAAGCAUAG